AUGUCCUGCUACGACCUGUGCCGGCCCUGCGGCCCCACCCCGCUGGCCAACAGCUGCAACGAGCCCUGUGUGCGGCAGUGCCAGGACUCGCGGGUCAUCAUCGAGCCAUCCCCUGUGGUGGUCACCCUGCCCGGGCCCAUCCUCAGCUCCUUCCCCCAGAACACCGCCGUGGGAUCCUCCACCUCCGCCGCCGUGGGCAGCAUCCUCAGCGAGUCCGGGGUCCCCAUCAACUCGGGGGGCUUUGGGCUCUCGGGGCUCUCCGGCCUCGGUGGCCGCUACUGCGGCCGCAGGUGCCUGCCCUGCUAG